AUGGCAAAGAAGGCAAUCUGUUGGAAAUUUGCUCGAGUUGAAAACACCGGGUACGCGCGAUCGACGAUGUUGGUGUUAACCCCAGGGCUAGAGGAUGGUGUGUUUCCCAGAGCGCUCAGCACACAGCCAGCGACGGCAAUGUGA